GACUACAUAGGGGGAAGAGAGGGUCACUGACGUUGACUUAGCAGAAGACUGUGGGGCUGUAAAUGCAGGAAGGUGUCCUGGUUGCAAUGGCAAAGCUGUGGCUGUUUGGGAUGCUGAUAGGUGAGUAAAAGGGUCUAUUUUAGGAGAUGCUACUACCCUAGGCUAAGCGACGCGGGUGGUGCUGUGGGUUAAAUCACAGAGGCUAGGACUUGCUGAUCAGAAGGUCAGUGGUUUGAAUCCCCGUGACGUGGUGAGCUUCCAUUGCUCGGUCCCUACUCCUGCCAACCUAGCAGUUCGAAAGCACGUCAAAGUGCAAGUAGAUAAACAGGUACUGCUCCAGCGGGAAGGUAAACGGCGUUUCCGUGCGCUGCUUUGGUUCGCCAGAAGCGGCUUAGUCAUGCUGGCCACAUGACCCGGAAGCUGUACGCCGGCUCCCUUGGCCAAUAAAGCGAGAUGAGCGCCACAACCCCAGAGUCAGCCAUGACUGGACCUAACAGUCAGGGGACCCUGUACCUUUACUACCCUAGGCAAAUGGUGUAGGGGGAGGGGGAGGUUGUGAAUUCAACAAAACUCAAAUUGCAAAGCUUUCUCAGGAUGCAGAUUACUUAAGGUGGUGGAUUACACGAGCAUAGCUGUCAACUUUUCCCUUUUCUUGCGAGGAAACCUAUUUGGAAUAAGGGAAUUUCCCUUAAAAAGGGGGGAAAGUUGACAGCUAUGCACUUGAGAUGUGCUGGACAGGCACAUCUCAGCUUGGUUGUCCGAUGGGAAUCCUGAUAAGGGAGUUUGCAGGGAUUGCUUUUCAAUACGCAACCCCCACUUACAGCUCUUCCAGACAAUCUGCUUAUUCAGCAUCCAUCCUGAUUUGCUUGCACAAAGGUUAAAUUGCAGAAUUAAAAUUGCACAGAGGUUAAAUUAUGCCUGGUCUUUAUUGAGCAUUUGUUCUGGUUUGAUCGCUGGGUGUUUACACCUAUUUCGUCCGUUUGUUCACCCCUCACUUUUCCAUGCAUUUCCUGGUUCACUUGCCAAACUGCAGAAAGUCUGAUAUUUAUUUAUUUAUUUUUUAAAAUAAAUGGGGGAAAAAAUCAUUUGCUGCACAAGGGUGACGGAGCCCUUUAACCCACCUUGACUGCGCUAGCCUAAAAUCUGGUGUGCGCUUGAAUUUCUCCUGUAAAUACAACAUGCAGGUGCCCUUGAAAAACUUGACAGAAAGAAGGGCCAGACAGAUGUUGUGUUGUUUUCGGUUCUUUGUUAUUCCAGCUCUGCAAUUGGUAUUGCAGCACACGCCCAGUGCAUUUCACUCACAAUAGACAGUCUACCACCAAAGAACAUGCAGUUCAGUUUCUUUGUGCAGGAAAUUUUGCUUGCAUGGAGAUAAUCCAUAGAGGGGAUUUUCUGUGUUUGUUUGUGUGUGUGUGUUUAUGCAGCUUCAUGCACCAAUGUUUAUUUUGCAAAGUACCCUGGCAAAAUAAAAACCUCAGUGCUUUUUGAAAUAUGCAAUAACGUGCAGCUUCCUUCCUUUUCAAACUAGUCCGGCAACUCUCACAGGCACCCCACUUUGGGUGGGUGGGGGGAAGUAGGUGGUAUAAAUGCACAAGUCACGAUGCCUUUGGCUUGUAGACCUCAGCAUGUCUGAGCUCUCAGGAACUGCAUCACAUACACAAUUUCUAAAAGCUGUCCUAAAAAAUUGAAGGGAGAGGGUUCCUUUUCCUAACUCACCUGAAACACUGAGUUUAUUUAUUCAUAUUUUCUUUUCUACAUAGAAAUGCAACUUAUAAUCCUUGCCAUUCACCUCUCUUCCUUCCUCUUACAGUCAAUAUUCUGAGUGUAAGACCUUUGGGGUAGGGAGAUGUUAUCUAUCUAUCUAUCAUCUAUCUAUCAUCUAUCUAUCUAUCUAUCUAUCUAUCUAUCUAUCUAUCUAUCUAUCUAUCAUCUAUCAUCUAUCUAUAUCUAUCUAUAUCUAUCUAUCAUCUCUCAUCUCUCUAUCUAUCAUCUACCUAUCUUUCUACCUACCUAUCAUAUAUCUAUCUAUCAUCUAUCUGUCUAUAAUCUAUAUCUAUCUAUCUAUCUAUCUAUCUAUCUAUCUAUCUAUCUAUAUCUAUCUAUCUAUCUAUCUAUAUCUAUCUAUCUAUCUAUCUAUCUAUCUAUCAUCUAUCAUCUAUCAUCUAUUUAUCAUCUAUCUAUCUAUCAUCUAUCUAUCUAUCUAUCUAUCUAUCUAUCUAAUCUAUCUAUCAUCUAUCUAUCUAUCAUCUAUCUAUCUAUCAUCUAUCUAUCUGUCUAUAAACUAUCUAUCAUCUAUCUAUCAUCUAUCAAUCUAUCAUCUACCUAUCAUUUGUCUACCUACCUACCUACCUACCUACCUACCUACCUACCUACCAUCUAUCUAUAUCUACCUACCUAUCUAUUUAUCUACCUACCUACCAACCUACCUUCUAUCUAUCUAUCUAUCUAUCUAUCUAUCUAUCUAUCUAUCAUCAACACAUAUAUAUUCCAUUGACGCUGCUAAACGUUGUAUACUGGCCUUGACGUUCAACUUCUCUAAAUCCACAAACACAAAAACACAUAUCACUUUCAUUACACCAGUGUUGCUCUUCCUCCCGCUAGAGAAAUCUCAUUGGUUGACAGUAUAUUUCCCAAGAGCUUGGGGGAAAGCACCUUGCGUUGUCCUAGCCCAAGAAGUCAGUGCCUGCUUCUGCCCGCUUAAACCCGCUUCCCUGUUCUCCCUUCUGCCCAGGCCCUGCUGCAGCCCUUUUGUUGACGGUGCCUGAACCUCUGAUUUCCAUCUCGGAAGGUAAUACAGCCUUGCUCUCUGCCUCGUUGACUUUUCUGACUUCGGUGCCGGGCUACUUCCAGGUGCGAUGGCGUUUUGUCACGGGCCGUCAGGUGGUGCUGAUUCUCAUGGCGGAUAACUGCUUGGCAGGGAAUAGUACCCGGUCCUGGAAGGACUAUUGCAAAUUCAGCAUUAGGAAAACAGACAAAUACAGACAUCGUGCAGAAUUGUCCUCUGAGGAUGCUUCUCUGUUACUCAAGGAUGCAAGAGCGGAGGAUUCUGGGAUUUACUGCAUCACCUUGCUGGCAUUCGACGUGAUGCUGUCGGCUAACAUCAGCCUAACAGUGACCAAGGGUAAGAGGGUUAGGUUCGGUCUGCACCCUAGUGUGACCCUAUUGUUUUCAAUAAACAAUUUAAUUAUAAUAUUAUUAUUAUUCUGUUUAUAAGAUAUUGUUUAAUGAUUAUGUUUUUAUUGAUAGGCUCAGGGAAAUCCUGGGCAAAAUGAUACGUCUUUAUAACAUGCCUGGAGCAGACCGAGGGACCAUGCUUCACCCGACCUACUCACUUUCUCACAUUGUGGUUUGGUUGUCUGUCAUUUCUUGUUAUUAAAAUAACAGCCAUUAUAGAUGUAAUGCUGGAGAUAACUUGAUUAAGAUCUGUGGUUUUUAAUAAGUUAAAAGCAGCCGGGAGGCCUCCAGUGUCAAAUCGGAACCACAAAACUAUGUGGUCUAACCUUAACUCCAACUCUUCCACACACCCCACACCCCACAAUACAAUAGUUUCCUGAUUAAAAUCAACCCCUCCCUAGAGCUGCUGUUUUUCCUACGGAGGAAAACAUACAGGUACCGUAUAGAUCCUUUUGAGACCCAAGUAGAUGUGACACUCAUCCUGCACUUUGGGAUUUGGGGUGAAUUUUGCAAAACAAAUAACAGGCAGGGGUGGGGCAGAGCUGAGCAGAAUGAAAGGUAAAGGUAAAGGGACCCCUGACCGUUAGCUCCAGUCGCGGACGACUCUGGGGUUGCGGCGCUCAUCUCGCUUUACUGGCCAAGGGAGCCGGUGCACAGCUUCUGGGUCAUGUGGCCAGCAUGACUAAGCCACUUCUGGCAAACCAGAGCAGCGCACAGAAAUGCCGUUUACCUUCCCACCGGAGCAGUACCUAUUUAUCUACUUGCACCUUGACGUGCUUUCGAACUGCUAGGUUGGCAGGAGCAGGGACAGAGCAACGGGAGCUCACCGCAUCACAGGGAUUCGAACCGCUGACCUUCUGAUCAGCAAAGUCCUAGGCUCUGUGGUUUAACCCACAGUGCCACCUGCGUCCCUAGAAUGAAAGGAGGAGGGUGUUUUUUUAAACUUUCUGCUUCUGCUGUAAUCUGACUGGAACAACCCCCCCCCAACCCCAUGCCAGCUACGCAUGAUAGGAGGAAAGCAGGGCAUGCAAAUUAAUGGUCUUGCCGCUGUUUGUUGCUGGCAUCCGUCCACCUCAGUAGAUAACGAAGGAGUGCACCUUUAGGUCAGCACCAACACUUUGAAUUGUGCUCGGAAACAUACUGGGAGGCAAUGAAGAUCUUUCAGGACUGGUGUUAUAUGGUCUCGGCAGCCACUUCAUGUCACCAGUCUAGCUGCCGCUUUCUGGAUUAAUUGCAGUUUCCGAGUCACCUUCAAAGGUGCGCAUAGAGCGCAUUGCAGUAGUCCAAGCGGGAGAUAACCAGAGCAUGCACCACUCUGGUUAGACAGUCUGCGGGCAGGUAGGGUCUCAGCCUGUGUACCACAUGGAGCUGGUAAACAGCUGCCCUGGACACAGAAUUAACCUGUGCCUCCAUGGACAGCUGUGAGUCCAAAAUGACUCCCAUAAGCUCCCCAUCCCUGAUAAAAGAGUUUAUAUAGCAGACAGUUGAGUCAAAGCCUGCUUCUCUCCUUUCCGGAGAAAGCAAAAGCCUUUGGGCAUAAAAAGAAAAUGUAAAGCCCCUUUCUUGUCGUUUUAGCAGAAACAAACAAUACCAAAUACAAGGGUGUACGAUUUCUAGAAGAGGAGAGAAGUGGAAUGCAUAUCAGCAAAAGUACAGGAGCGACAGGUAAGUUCUAGGGGACGGAGAAUGGAUGGGGAAAGGGAAAUCAGGAAGGAAAAAAAGGCGAUGCUGGCAGAGGGAGUGUGCAGGCAUUGAUUUUCCUCCCUAAGAGAAAGCUUGUGUGUCCAUGAUGCACGCUAGACUUAGGCUCUCUUCAACUUUUCCUUCUUUCUUUUCUGCUCACCCAGGGAUGAACACGUCAACCGAUCAGGCUGAGAGUUCGUCUAACAGGCCAGUUCUGGCAUCUCCCCCAAGUAAGUUCCCUUUAGCUGGGGGCUGGUCCUCCUCCACCCCAAAACCAAACAUUUUGUAAUAAGUAAGAGCGAAACGCCCUGGAAAGUGUGCUGUGCAUUUGUUGUUGUUUAGUCGUUUAGUCGUGUCCGACUCUUCGUGACCCCAUGGACCAGAGCACGCCAGGCACUCCUGUCUUCCACUGCCUCCCGCAGUUUGGUCAAACUCAUGCUGGUAGCUUCGAGAACACUGUCCAACCAUCUUGUCCUCUGUUGUCCCCUUCUCCUUGUGCCCUCCAUCUUUCCCAACAUCAGGGUCUUUUCCAGGGAGUCUUCUCUUCUCAGCUUCAGGAUCUGUCCUUCCAGUGAGCACUCAGGGCUGAUUUCCUUAAGAAUGGAGAGGUUUGCUCUUCUUGCAAUCCAUGGGACUCUCAAGAGUCUCCUCCAGCACCAUAAUUCAAAAGCAUCAAUUCUUCGGCGAUCAGCCUUCUUUAUGGUCCAGCUCUCACUUCCAUACAUCACGCAUAGUACUUGCUUAAUGUGAUGUUUCCUACCUCCCGUCCCCACAAACAAAUCAGAAUGAAGGCUCAAUAAACAGAUCAUCUGGAAACAUCCUCUGUGCAUCAUAUCCUACUCGGGGUGGUCUCAUUGGAAUGAAUGAACAUAACUAACUUACUUCAGUCCAUUAGUUUGAAUGGGUCUACUCUGAGUAAGGACUACAGAUGGCUAAUGGUGCAUCUUGGUUUGAGAAGCAGUUGCUUUUGCACAGUGCAAAUUGGUUUAGCUCUUGUGUCUGCCAGCAAGCUACUACUGCUCUUCUCAAAGCACAACAGCGAUUGGCUGACCGUUACAGCUCUAUUUGGUUUUUGGAGGGCAAAAGUCCACAGUGGAGACCCUCCUUUGUACCCACGGAGUCUCCCCACACAAUUUAAAACCCUGAAAGUGCAGGUCUUUAAAAAGAUGGGAGCGCAGUGCAGAAAACUCAGCGAUAGCACUGCCGCUUGGACUCUCUGCCGUAGCUGAGGAAAUGACUGCUGCUUGUUCCAGAGAGAGUAGUGUGUGGAAGCAACUCAGGAUUGCUUCCUUUUCCUCUUGUUGUUCCCACUGGCAUGCUUGGCGAAAUAAGAACUCGCUUGCUCUUCUAAGCAGUGGCAGGGAGACCAGGACCAAGCAACUGCCAUCUAGCUGCAAUGUGAGGGGUUUCCACUCAGAUUCUUGGAGAGAGCACUUCUGGAAGGGAUCAUUCCAAGGUUCCCAGGAUCUUCAUCCAAGCACUGUUGGGCAGGUAUCUUUGUUUCCACCCCACGUUUUGAGAACUUGCAUCUCAAAAUGUUCCCACACUUCCUUUGAUUACUAUUCCCAUGCAUCUGAGUAAUGUUCAGGGCUGCAGGAGAGGAUAUAUUGUUUGAUUAUAGCCUUUCCAACUUGUGUAAGCAAGUUCAUAAUUUAGCAGAGUAACAUUCCCCCCCCUUUUUUUAAAUGAUUUUUAUUAAGGUUUCAGUAAAAAGUUAAACAGAAAAACAUAAAAAAAGAAAUACACAAAUACACAGUACAUAAUCCAAAAAAAGAAGAAAAACACAGAGAGCAGAAAACAAAAAAAAAGGAACAGAACAAUUAAAAACAAUAUCACCUUUUCAUUUCCGUUUUUAAAUUUACUUAUUUUCUGGACUUCCUCAUACCUCCCUCUUUUGUAUUCCAGUCCAAAUUGUUUGUCCAGCAAUUUCUUUUCCACUUUUUUAAUCCCAAUCUUUAAUCUCAAUGUAAUAUAGCAUUAAAAUUUUACUCUUAAGUACCAAAUUUCCAUUUCAUUAAAUUUCUUUAAUCCUAAUCUUUAAUCUUAGUCUAUCUAUAACUUUAUCCUGUACAGCUGGAAACCACUUAUUUUCAAUCCAACAUCACUCUAACAUUCUUUAAUUUUGCAGUGUUUCUGUAGAUAAUCUUUGAAUUUCUUCCAAUCUUCCUCCACCGACUCUUCUCCCUGGUCACGGAUUCUGCCAGUCAUUUCCGCCAGUUCCAUAUAGUCCAUCAGUUUCAUCUGCCAUUCCUCCAGCGUGGGAAGUUCUUGUGUCUUCCAAUACUUUGCGAUGAGUAUUCUUGCUGCUGUUGUUGCAUACAUAAAGAAAGUUCUAUCCUUUUUAGCACCAUUUGGCCGACUAUGCCCAGGAGAAAGGCCUCUGGUUUCUUGGGGAAGGUAUAUUUGAAUACCUUUUAAUUCAUUAUAUAUCAUUUCCCAGAAAGCCUUAAUCUUUGGGCACGUCCACCAAAGGUGAAAAAAUGUACCUUCAGUUUCUUUACAUUUCCAACAUUUAUUAUCGGGCAAAUGAUAGAUUUUUGCAAGCUUGACUGGGGUUAUGUACCACCUGUAUAUCAUUUUCAUAAUAUUCUCUCUUAAGGCAUUACAUGCCGUAAAUUUCAUACCUGUGGUCCACAACUGUUCCCAGUCAGCAAACAUAAUGUUAUGUCCAACGUCUUGUGCCCAUUUAAUCAUAGCCGAUUUUACCGUUUCAUCCUGAGUGUUCCAUUUCAGCAGCAAGUUAUACAUUCUUGACAAAUUCUUAGUUUUGGGUUCUAACAGUUCAGUUUCUAAUUUUGAUCUUUCCACCUGGAAGCCAAUUUUCUUGUCCAAUUUAAAUGCCUCCAUUAUCUGAAAAUAAUGAAGCCAGUCUCGCACUUUGUUUUUUAGUUUUUCAAAACUCUGCAAUUUCAGUCUAUCUCCAUCUUGUUCCAAAAUUUCCCAAUAUUUCGGCCAUUUGACCUCCAUAUUGACCAUUCCCCUUUUUAAACUUGCAGCAGAUGCGUUAGCUCAGGCUCACUAAAGCCUCCAUAAUAACUGUUCUGGUAUUUUCCCCUUAUCCCCUCAUAAAAGAUAAGACACGACACAGUCUUCUAUAAAAGUAUAAAAAAGAGUUUACUCACUCUAUGUUCACAAUCAGAUCCCAGAAGGCAGACUUAGCUUAGAAAAGUAACAUACACCUGGAAACUAUUUCAUAAGGAGACAGUUCCUUUGUCCUCUCUUGGCUGGAGGCCAAGAGAGCAUCUUUGGCUAAACAGAUGUUGCUUCUUCGAUGCAUGUAGUCAAAGAGAGAGAGAUGGCUGCCCUGCCUUGUGCUUUUGUCGUUACCUGCACAGGUGAGGCCACGCCCACCUCUAGUCACAUGCAGAGGAAGUCUGCCCCAGCCCAGAAUGAAACAGGAAGUUUACCUGGUGGCUGCACAAACAGUCAUCUCUGUGUGUAAACAUGUUCACUCUAGGAAUGUUGUACUUGACUGCUCUUGUGUUUCACAUCCCACACUGAGCUCUAAGCAAAACAUUAGAGAAGAACGGUGUCUGUCUCUCUUCUGCAGUGAACGUGGGCGCUUCUGUCUCUUUCACAAAGGCAGCAAGUGACAGUGACUCUACGGUCUCCAACAUCAUUCAUUUGAGCUUAGCGGCCUUGAUUGUCUGUCUCCUUGGCCUGAUCAUAGCAGAGGUAAGUGUCUUUCCCCUGCGUUUCUACCCUAGGCAUUCAUAUACUGUUUCACAGAAUCAUAGAUUUGGAAGGGACCACAGGUAACAAAAAGGUAAGGGACCCCUGGAUGGUUAAGUCCAGUCAAGGGCGACUAUGGCAUUGUGGCGCUCAUCUCACUUUCAGGCCGAGGGAGCUGGCGUUUGUCCACAGAUAGCUUUCUGGGUCAUGUGGCCAGCAAAACUAAGCUAUGGUUACCAGACGUCCCCGUUUCCGGGGACAGUCCCCGGAUAUACAAUUUAUAUUUUAUGUGUUGUAGAUUUAUUAGUAGGGAAUGAAUAAUGUGUGAUUGGUUCAACGGCACAAGGCACAUCAUAUGGGGACUUCUGGCUAGGCAAAAUGGCGGAUGCUAUGGCAGCGAGCAGUUCCUGAAGCCAGCCAAAGCCAACUGUGCUACCAGGCUGGCUCCGGGCUGCUGAGACUGCCGCUGCUGCCACCAUUGCAGAGGGGAACCAGGGAUGCCCAGCACGUCAACUGGGGGAACUGCUGACCGCCCUCACGACCCAAAUCGAGCCAGGAGCGAGAGCACCCGGUCACCGGCCGACUGCUCAGUGGCACUCCAGGGCCAGUAAAACCCCUGGAGCCGACGCAGGGAGAAGAAGGAGAGGAGAAGGAGAAGGAAGAGAGAGAAAGAGGAAGGAGAAAAAAGAGGGCAAACCUUGCUGCGUCACUGAGGAUGAGAGGUAGGAGAGUACCGGGAGGGCAAGGACAUGUGGCCGAGCCCAGGCCUGACCUGAGCCUACUCCACCGUGGCUAGCACUCCAAGAGAGUAGGUUGGGGCCCAGAGGAAGGCCACGUGACAGAGGAGACCACAAAAGAGAGGAUAUUACUUCUCAAAUAAAAAAAAAAUAACUUAAAAACAAACUAUUUAUCUCAUAUAUAUAUAAAAGUGUCCCCAGAUUCUUUGAAAAAAAAUCUGGUAACCUUAGACUAAACCUGGCGUGAUGGGACACCGUGAUGGAAACCAGACCGCAUGGAAAUGCCGUUUACCUUCCCACUGCAGCGAUACCUAUUUAUCUACUUGCGCUGGCAUGCUUUCGAACCGCUAGGCUGGCAGAAGCUGGGACAGAGCGAUGGAAGCUUACCCUGUCACUAGGGAUUCAAACUGCCGACCUUCUGAUCGGCAAGCCCAAGAGGCUCAGUGGUUUAGACCACAGCGCCACCUGCGUUCCACUGCAAUGCAGGCAUCUUUUGCCCAACGUGGGGCUCAAACCCACAGCCUUAAGAUUAAGAAUCUCAUGCUCUACCGACUGAACUACAGUAUUUUUUGCUCUAUAAGACUCACUUUUUCCCUCCUAAAAAGUAAGGGGAAAUGUGUGUGCGUCUUAUGGAGCGAAUGCAGGCUGCGCAGCUAUCCCAGAAGCCAGAACAGCAAGAGGGAUUGCUGCUUUCACUGCGCAGCGAUCCUUCUUGCUGUUCUGGCUUCUGAGAUUCAGAAUAUUAUUUUUCUUGUUUUCGUCCUCCAAAAACUAGGUGCGUCUUGUGGUCUGGUGCGUCUUAUAGAGAGAAAAAUAUGGUACAGUAUCCCCCACUUGCAGUGGGAAGUUUAAGGCAAUCUUUAGAAACUGUUUCUGAGGGGACAGAAAAUUCUGGAAGCAUCCAUGGUCUGUAGUGUUAAAAAGACUUACAGUGGUACCUCAGGUUAAGAACUUAAUUCAUUCUGGAGGUCCGUUCUUAACCUGAAACUGUUCUUAACCUGAGGUACCACUUUAGCUAAUGGGGCCUCCUGCUGCCGCCGCGCAAUUUCCGUUCUCAUCCUGAGGUAAAGUUCUUAACCUGAGGUAUUAUUUCUGGGUUAGCAGAGCCUGUAACCUCAAGCAUCUGUAACCUGAAGUGCCUGUAACCCGAGGUACCACUGUAUAUGAAAAUGUACAAUGAGCAGGUGUUAUUAGGCUUCCAGGCCGUGCUUAAUUAGCUACGCAGCAGAUCCACACAGACAACUGGUUAUGAGCACUGCUAAUUCCAAAUAGAUUCUUUCAGAGCUAUCUUGCCAACCUCCCGUCAAACUUACAGCUUUGAAUUAAAUAAAUGUGAAUAUAGUGGUACCUCAGGUUAAGUACUUAAUUCGUUCCGGAGGUCCAUACUUAACCUGAAACUGUUCUUAACCUAAAGCACCACUUUAGCUAAUGGGGCCUCCUGCUGCUGCCGUGCCACCAGAGCACGAUUUCUGUUCUCAUCCUACAGCAAAGUUCUUAACCUGAAGCACUAUUUCUCGGUUAGCGGAGUCUGUAACCUGAAGCGUAUGUAACCCGAGGUACCACUGUAUAUGCCUACCUAACCACACAUGCGCAAACACAAGGCAGUGCUCCAAGAGCGUGCCUUCAAACCAUCUAGUGGCCAGCCAAGUCAGAAACUUCUCUUUCUUUCCACAGCAUGUUUCCUUCACGUCCUUCAGCGAGAGACCCUCAGCAACUAGGGAUGGAAGUGGAGCCAAACUGUAUCGAGAGAGGAUGGAGUGCCCCUUUCCUUCUACGCCAGGCAACAUCUCCCUGCUUCUGCAGAUGCCAAGUUCAGAUAAUCUAAGAGAGCCAUAUUAUUCCAUUGUUCACUGAUCAUCUUCAGUCCUUCUUUACAAUAUGAGAUUUCUGUUGCCUUUUCAUCUACUGAAGCACUUAUGUGAUUAUAGUUGGAUUUAUAUAUGAGAGGCUAAGGCUGCGAUCUUAUACUCAGAUGAGCAGGUGCUACUGAAAUAAUAGAAGUACAAAUACAAAACGGGGUGUCGUAUUUCUGGGUAAAGAUUUAUAGAAUCAGCCUGCAGGUGUCUCUGUUAGGUUUCUGUUUGUGCCACUGGUGCAGUGCUUGGAGUCACAAGACUCUGUUUACAUUCCAGAGAUUCCAGACUGUUGGAAGUCUCACGGGAGAUGGGUGUUGAUAUUACUGGUUCCCUGUUUCUUUGUACCAGUUGCCUCUCUGCUUUCACAGAGAGAGGAUGUAUAUUCUUUUCUGUCUGCGU